UUGUGACGUCACUUUCAGUUUGUAAACAAAAACUACCUUUUUCAUUUGCAUAAGCCAAACUUCUGUUAUCGCUAUCGAUAUUAUAUCGAUGCCUCAUCAAGUAUCCUAACGUUGCAUUACGGGAAAGGCAUCGGUUGGGGUUAUUUUUUGUUAGAAGAAAUUUCAGUGCACCAGGAAAAUGACUAGCUGCGUGCAGCAGCAAAAGGAACAUGAGCAGUUGCUGGAGCAACUAAAUGCCAGCGAUGAUGAAAUGAACGACACAGGCGACAUCGCCGAGGAGGAGGAGGACGACAAAGAUAAACAAUUGCUUACAGAGCCAACAUUUUGCUUUUCGAACAGCAACGCGUGCUGGGUAUGCAAUGGCUAUUAUGGACCCAAUUUCGGCGAACCGCUUUGCGGCGCCUGUCAUGCAUUUUUAUACAACGCACAACGCGCCGAGGAGCUAUUGACGGAACUGUCCGACGACGAGGACUCGGGCAAUGACGAACCGCCUUUCAAGGACAAGCAGGAGGAUGAUGAAACUGAGAAUGAUGCGGACAUAAUGGGCUUUGAAGAUCUAGAGGAUGCGGAACCGCCCGCACCGCAACAACAACAACAGCAGCAGCAGCAGCAACAACAAAUACAACAACAACAACAACCGGCAAACCAAGAGCCGGAGCAGGAACUGCAGGAACUGCAAGCAGCACAACUACAGGCGCCGCCAGAGCAGCUGUUGGAACCGCAAGCAAUGCCAGCGCGACGCGGCACACCAGAGCAUGAUUUCGAACAUGAACGUGCGGUUAAUCCAUUUCUGUUGCCCAUCAAAAGGCCACGGCCCACGGCGCCGCACGCGCUACCGCACUACAUGCUCGAGCUGGCCGAUGGACGUGCCCGUGCGCAUGAGUACAACGCGCCGGAUGCGGGCAGCAGCGGCGGCAGCAGCAGCAGCGGCAGCAAAUGCAUCACCAGCCGCAUACCCGUCGAGGUUAUGCUAAAGAUAUUCGCCUACCUGGACGACAUGUCGCUGUGGAUGGCCAGCGAGGUGUGCAAGCAGUGGCACGAGAUCAUAGUGAAGAACACGGCACAGAGCAUGUGGAAGACAUACAUCAAACAGCGCUGGCCGCUGUUCGAAUGCCUCACCGAGCUGCCCGAUUGGUACAAGCUGUAUGGUGCAUUGAUGUCGGCGUGUUUCUGUCGCACCUGCUUGAUUGAGCUGGGCAGCCAGUCGCCGCCGUCUGGUGAGCUGGGAAACGUGAUACGCAAUAAUUUUCUGCGCGGCGAGGCAAAUCUAUUGCACAGCUACGAAGCGGAGGGCAUUUCGGCCAUACCAUUGGAUCGCCAGAAUAAUUAUUGGCAGGCAACGAUACUUGGACCGCCUGGCAGUCCCUAUGAGGGCGGCAAAUUCUUUCUGUUUAUAUACUUUCCUGAACGCUAUCCCAUGGCACCGCCAACGGUGCGUUUUCUAACCAAAAUACUGCAUCCGAAUGUGUCCAGACAUGGCGACGUCGGCAUUGACAUAUUCCAGCAACAGAACUGGUCGCUGGCCCUGAAUGUGGCCAAAGUUUUGUUGUCCGUGCAGAGUCUCCUCACGGAUCCCUAUACCGAGGUGUGCAUGGAGCCGGAACUGGGCUAUAUCUAUGAGCAUGAACGAUCGCGUUUCGAGCAGCUGGUGCGCGCCUGGACCUGGAAAUAUGCCAUGCUCGAGCUGAUGACGCCACAGUGAAGCAAUAAAUUAGCCAAGU